AGCCGAUUCUCAGCCUGAGGGCAAAGAACUAGUGAUCCAUUAUUCGUUCGACUUUCUUGUCGACUCCCUUGUGUUUUGACUCACUUUGCUCCUCUUUUUGGGGGGUAUUGAUCGCAUGGCAAUAACAUUUGGGGGUACAGCCUUACUGGAAACCAUGCCUGGGGAGACCUACCAGCCUCGACAGCGCCUGUCAAUCUCGACAGAACACACUUCACAUUUCAAUGCCGGUCCCGAAUUCGAAGAAUCUGAGGAUGAUUCUGACGAUUCGAGCGAGGAAAUGGACAUCGAGAACAAGUUCCCAGAUGUGGAACACAUGUCGGUCAUUACAGCAGAAGAGAGUGAUCCGUGGCUCCCGAAGAUUGUGCUGUCGCUCGAUGGCGGCUCCCAUCGAAAUUUCUCGACCCUCCUUAUCCUCCAGGCUCUGAUGAAGAAGAUAGAACAGUUCGAGCAGAAAACAGACCCGACCAUUUCUGACAGCGCUCGCUCCCGCGAGUUUCAUCUCCCAUCGACGAAUUCUCGGCCGCCCUCGGAUUCGCGCUUUCGGCCCUGCCACUACUUUGACUACAUUGGAGGCGCGAGCACCGGAGGCCUGAUUGCUAUUCUCUUGGGCCGGAUGAGAAGGCCGGUGGACGAAGCCCUAGAGAUCUUUCUACAAUUCUCGCAAACCAUGUUCCCAAACUUUCCACGUGGCAUGGGCAUCAGCCGCCUUCCGCGCGCGCUGAACAACAAGGCGACACGCAGCGAAAAGUUUGCAGCACAGCUCGACUGGUCGAAGCCGACGGACUCGAGUCCAGAGGAGGAUGGACAGAGGUUCGUGUCGGACUCGCUGCGGUGCCGGACCAUCAUUUGUGCGAUGGAGAAGACGCGGCUUGAAGACCAAGGGCUAGGCCUGAGGCCGUACCUGUUCCGAUCCUACGCUCACGAGGCCCGCGACGAGUCUUCGUAUCUGAGGAAUCCCGGCGGCGCCACCGAUCGCAGCACCGCCGACGUUGCCAAAGCAGCAGUCGCGGCCUCGCAGUUCCAGAACUUUGAGCAGCACGGUUACUACGACUCGGGGCCCGGUCUCAAUAACCCCAGCCUCGAACUCUACAACGAAAUCACAUCCCUGCACGACCCAGACAAUCUGGCCCUGUUCAUCAGUAUCGGCUGCGGGGCGAGCAAAACCAAAGACCCGAGCAGCCCGCAAUCCAACAGUCGAGCAUGGAAGCUCAAGGCAUCGUUCAAACGGCAGGAGAAGGAACUCAGCCUCGGCGCCGACGCCGUCCACCGCCGCAUGCACAGGAAAUCCCGCAGCCCGGUCUCCGCGUUCGAGUACUUCAGGUUCGAUGUCAAAGAGAACAUCCCCGAGAGCUCCCUGGGUAACUGGCAAAGCAUCCAGCCGGGCCGGCACGCGCUGAAGAAGAUCGCCGCCGCCACGGACGCAUACCUCGCUCAGCCCGAAGUCGACAACCGCCUCCACGAGUGUGCCGAGCAAUUGGUCCACCGGCGUAAACUGCGCGCCGAGACAUUACAGUGGGAGAGUUUCGCGUUGGGCGUGCGGUAUUGCUGCCCGCACCUGGUGCAGUGCCAGGUGCAAAAGGACAAAGUCCGCUUCGCAACGAGGGAUGUCCUGCUCGAUCAUCUACGGACCGUGCACAAGGAGCCGCCGCCGGAUGCGAACAAUUUCGAAAGGAUCAAUAGUCUGCUCGAUAGAGGGAGGAUAAAUAGUGAUCGGUCGGAUGGGUCAUGACAUUAUUUGUAACAUAGUGGUUUGGAACAGGGAUUGACUCGGGGAAAAAAGUUAUCAUUAGCUACUAAGCUGUGGGAUGGGGAUUUUGAGAAUACAAUAAGCCGUACAUCAGUGGC